CAACACCCCGGUGAGGCCCGGUUGGAGGAGAGCCGUCAGGUGGGGCCUCCCUCUGGCACCGUGAUGGCUGUCAGGCAUGGGAGGCACAGUUGAGGAGGACGAGGGAGAGUUUCUAAAGACACAGAGCGAAAGCCAUGGGGAUGCUGCAGAUGGCAUCUGUGUUAAUUCCAACCCAGUCUAGCCAGGUUGGGGGCGAAGGGACACAGGACUCUCCUAAGCUGCCUUGGAGCACAUUCUUAAUCCUUGGCUUGAGUGUUUCCACUCCUGCUGCCUCAUUGCCCAGAGUUCUGUCUGGACUUGUCCGAGGAAGUUGUCAGACACUCCAUCCAGCUGGAGAAAAGAUCCCUCUGCUAGACAGCCUGCUGCCCACUGCUGCCGCCACUGCCACCGCUGUCCCUCCCUCUCCAUAGAAGUCAGGAGCAGCGCUGGCAGAGUGAUGGGACAGGCUCCGCUCUCUACCCUCUGCCUAGGAGUCUAGAGAAGCUCUCGCAGGAACACCACCUUGCCCCUCUGGGCAGCUUCCUUGGAAUAAGGAGGAAAAGCUGUGCAGCCUGGGGCUUGGGAGGGCAGAGAGGGAGGAAAGAAGUCGGGGCAGGGGACUGAUGAGGCUGGGGCAGGCAGCCUGAGGUCGGCCACACGGAGCCUUAAACAAUCACAAGGCCCCGGCAGUGGCUACAGUGAGCCUGACCUUCAACUUGCCUCCCUUUGCUCCUCUCCACAUCUCCCAAACCCGGAACCCUUGCCCAGGUGGCUGAGACUGGACUCAGCCAGCCAGUCCCCGUGAUUAAGGAGGCCACCUCCCCCUGUGCUCCACCUGCAGAGAAGCAGAAGUGGAAGCAAUUUCCCCAGGACCUGGCACCCCACUUACUGGGGAGGCAGUGGCUGAUGCCCUCCUGUCCCAAGGAGGAGGGGUGGGGGGUUGUCCGCCCUUCUCCCUGGGGCUCUGCAGGCUCCUGAACAGCACCUGUGGGGAUCCCAGUCCCACCUCACACUCUGAACGAGUUUUAACCGCUAAUGAUCAGGGAUUCUUCUUUCUAGAGAGGACGAGGUCAAGGGGCAGCGAGAGGCACUGUGAUUCAGGAUGACCAGCUCUCCUCCUUCCCUACAGGGGACAGAGCAUGAAAGAGGAAGGAAGCCAGCAGUAACCAUGUAAGGGCCAAGCCAGGAAGGCGGAGUACGCGAGCGCUCACAGGCUCUGUCUCCUGGUGCCCGCCCGGCUCAGAAUGGAACAGAGGAGGCCCUGGCCGCGGGCUGCAGAGGUGGACGGCUGGCCUGUGGUCCUGCUCUCCGCCGUCUGCGUGCUGCUGGCACCCCCGGCGGCCGGCAUGCCCCAGUUCAGCACCUUCCACUCCGAGAACCGGGACUGGACCUUCAACCAUUUGACGGUGCACCGCGGGACGGGGGCAGUGUACGUGGGGGCCAUCAACCGCGUGUACAAGCUCACGGGCAACCUGACCAUCCAGGUGGCUCACAAGACGGGGCCGGAGGAGGACAACAAGUCCUGCUACCCGCCGCUCAUCGUUCAGCCCUGCAGCGAGGUGCUCACGCUUACCAACAACGUCAACAAGCUGCUCAUCAUCGACUACUCCGAGAACCGGCUGCUGGCCUGCGGCAGCCUGUACCAAGGGGUCUGCAAGCUGCUGCGGCUGGACGACCUCUUCAUCCUGGUGGAGCCGUCCCACAAGAAGGAGCACUACCUGUCCAGCGUCAACAAGACGGGGACGAUGUACGGGGUGAUCGUGCGCUCCGAGGGCGAGGACGGCAAGCUCUUCAUCGGCACUGCUGUGGACGGCAAGCAGGACUAUUUUCCCACCCUGUCCAGCCGCAAGCUGCCCCGCGACCCCGAGUCCUCCGCCAUGCUCGACUACGAGCUCCACAGCGACUUCGUCUCCUCACUCAUCAAGAUCCCGUCCGACACCCUGGCCCUGGUCGCCCACUUUGACAUCUUCUACAUCUACGGCUUCGCCAGCGGGGGCUUCGUCUACUUCCUCACCGUCCAGCCUGAGACCCCCGAGGGCGUGGCCAUCAACUCGGCCGGAGACCUCUUCUACACCUCGCGCAUCGUGAGGCUCUGCAAGGACGACCCCAAGUUCCACUCCUACGUGUCCCUGCCCUUCGGCUGCACGCGGGCCGGGGUGGAAUAUCGCCUCCUGCAGGCUGCUUACCUCGCCAAGCCCGGGGACUCGCUGGCCCAGGCCUUCAACAUCAGCGGCCAGGACGACGUGCUCUUCGCCAUCUUCUCCAAAGGGCAGAAGCAGUAUCACCACCCGCCGGAUGACUCCGCCCUCUGUGCCUUCCCCAUCCGGGCCAUCAACUUGCAGAUCAAAGAGCGCUUGCAGUCCUGCUACCAGGGCGAGGGCAACCUGGAGCUCAACUGGCUGCUGGGGAAGGACGUGCAGUGCACCAAGGCGCCGGUGCCCAUCGAUGACAACUUCUGUGGACUGGACAUCAACCAGCCGCUUGGAGGCUCAAUUCCAGUGGAGGGCCUGACCCUGUACACCACCAGCCGGGACCGCAUGACCUCGGUGGCGUCCUAUGUUUACAAUGGCUACAGCGUGGUGUUUGUGGGUACAAAGAGCGGCAAGCUGAAAAAGAUUCGAGCCGAUGGUCCCCCCCAUGGUGGGGUCCAAUAUGAGAUGGUCUCCGUGCUCAAAGAUGGGAGCCCCAUCCUCCGGGACAUGGCCUUCUCCAUUGAUCAGUGCUACCUAUACAUUAUGUCUGAGAGACAAAUCACCAGGGUCCCUGUGGAAUCCUGUGAACAGUACACGACUUGUGGGGAGUGCCUGAGCUCGGGGGACCCUCACUGUGGCUGGUGUGCCCUGCACAACAUGUGCUCCCGCAGGGACAAGUGUCAGCGGGCCUGGGAACCUAAUCGAUUUGCUGCCAGCAUCAGCCAGUGCAUGAGCCUCGAGGUACAUCCCAGCAGCAUCUCCGUGUCUGAGCACAGCCGGCUGCUCAGCCUGGUCGUGAGUGAUGCUCCUGAUCUGUCUGCGGGCAUCUCCUGUGCCUUUGGGAACCUGACAGAGGUAGAGGGACAGGUAUCUGGGAGCCAGGUCAUCUGCAUCUCACCAGGGCCCAAGGUUGUCCCUGUCAUCCCUCUGGAUCAAGACUGGUUUGGGCUAGAGCUGCAGCUGAGAUCCAAGGAGACAGGAAAGAUAUUCGUCGGCACCGAGUUCAAGUUCUACAACUGCAGCGCCCACCAACUGUGCCUGUCUUGUGUCAACAGCGCCUUCCGCUGCCAUUGGUGCAAAUACCGAAACCUCUGUACUCAUGACCCCACCACUUGCUCCUUCCAGGAGGGCCGGAUCAACAUUUCAGAGGACAGGAACUGUGUGCAUGCAUGGGUGUGUACUCACAGAAGCAAACAGCUUGGAAGUGGCCUUAUUGUAGCUAAUGAAACCCAUCACCUUCCUAAAGCCCCAGAGGACUGUCCCCAGCUGGUGCCCACGGAGGAGAUCCUGAUACCCGUCGGGGAAGUAAAACCAAUCACCCUCAAGGCUCGAAACCUGCCCCAGCCUCAGUCCGGCCAGCGAGGCUAUGAGUGCGUCCUCAACAUACAGGGAGCCGUCCACCGGGUCCCCGCCCUGCGCUUCAACAGCUCCAGCGUCCAGUGCCAGAACAGCUCGUACCAGUACGACGGGAUGGACAUGAGCAACCUGGCCGUGGACUUUGCCGUGGUGUGGAACGGCAAUUUCAUCAUUGACAACCCUCAGGACCUGAAAGUCCACCUCUACAAGUGUGCAGCCCAGCGGAAGAGCUGUGGCCUCUGCCUCAAGGCCGACCGGAAGUUCGAGUGUGGCUGGUGCAGCGGCGAGCGCAGGUGCACCCUCCAGCAGCACUGUAGCAGCCCCUCCAGCCCCUGGCUUGACUGGUCCAGCCACAAUGUUAAGUGCUCCAACCCCCAAAUCACCGAGAUUUUGACGGUGUCCGGACCCCCUGAAGGAGGGACCCGAGUGACUAUCCAUGGCGUGAACCUGGGCCUGGACUUCUCCGAGAUCGCCCACCACGUGCAGGUGGCUGGGGUGCCCUGCACGCCCCUGCCGGGGGAUUAUAUCAUCGCUGAGCAGAUCGUUUGUGAGAUGGGCCAUGCCCUUGUGGGGACCACCUCUGGGCCCGUGCGCCUGUGCAUUGGCGAGUGUAAGCCAGAGUUCAUGACCAAAUCCCAUCAACAGUACACGUUUGUGAACCCUUCCGUGUUGUCACUCAGCCCCAUCCGAGGGCCAGAGUCCGGAGGCACCAUGGUGACCAUCACGGGCCAUUACCUCGGGGCUGGGAGCAGCGUGGCUGUUUACCUGGGCAACCAGACCUGCGAGUUCUAUGGGCGAUCAAUGAAUGAGAUCGUGUGUGUCUCGCCCCCGUCAUCCAAUGGGCUGGGGCCCGUCCCUGUCUCCGUGAGUGUCGACCGAGCCCGUGUAGACAACAACCUGCAGUUCGAGUACAUAGAUGACCCCCGGGUGCAGCGCAUUGAGCCCGAGUGGAGUAUCGCCAGUGGCCACACACCCCUGACCGUCACAGGCUUCAACCUGGAUGUCAUUCAGGAGCCAAGGAUCCGAGUCAAGUUUAAUGGCAAAGAAUCUGUCAAUGUGUGCAAGGUUGUGAACACCACCACCCUGACCUGCCUGGCACCCUCCCUGACCACAGACUACCGGCCCGGCCUGGACACCGUGGAACGGCCGGACGAGUUUGGAUUCGUCUUUAACAAUGUCCAGUCCUUGCUGAUUUACAACGACACCAAGUUCAUCUACUACCCCAACCCGACCUUUGAACUGCUCAGCCCCACUGGGGUCUUGGAUCAAAAGCCGGGAUCCCCCAUCAUUCUGAAGGGCAAAAACCUCUGCCCUCCUGCUUCUGGAGGUGCCAAACUCAACUACACUGUGCUGAUUGGAGAGACCCCAUGCACUGUCACUGUGUCCGAGACACAACUGCUCUGCGAGCCUCCCAACCUCACUGGGCAGCACAAGGUCAUGGUCCACGUGGGUGGCAUGGUAUUCUCGCCCGGCUCGGUGAGUGUCAUCUCAGAUAGCUUGCUGACCCUGCCAGCCAUCGUCAGCAUCGCGGCAGGCGGCAGCCUACUGCUCAUCAUCGUCAUCAUUGUGCUCAUCGCCUACAAGCGCAAGUCUCGAGAAAAUGACCUCACUCUCAAGCGGCUCCAAAUGCAGAUGGACAACCUGGAGUCCCGUGUGGCCCUGGAGUGUAAGGAAGCUUUUGCCGAGCUCCAGACAGACAUCAACGAGCUGACCAGUGACCUGGACCGCUCAGGAAUCCCCUACCUGGAUUAUCGGACCUAUGCUAUGCGAGUCCUGUUCCCCGGCAUUGAGGACCAUCCCGUCCUGCGUGAGCUGGAGGUGCAGGGCAACGGGCAGCAGCACGUGGAGAAGGCCCUGAAGCUCUUCGCCCAGCUCAUCAACAACAAGGUGUUCCUGCUGACCUUCAUCCGCACCCUGGAGCUGCAGCGCAGCUUCUCCAUGCGGGACCGCGGCAACGUGGCCUCGCUCAUCAUGACCGGCCUGCAGGGCCGCCUGGAGUACGCCACCGACGUCCUCAAGCAGCUGCUCUCCGACCUCAUCGAUAAGAACCUGGAGAACAAGAACCACCCCAAGCUGCUUCUCCGGAGGACAGAGUCCGUGGCUGAGAAGAUGCUGACCAAUUGGUUUGCCUUCCUCCUGCACAAGUUCCUGAAGGAGUGUGCGGGGGAGCCGCUCUUCAUGCUGUACUGCGCCAUCAAGCAGCAGAUGGAGAAGGGCCCCAUCGAUGCCAUCACGGGCGAGGCCCGCUACUCCCUGAGCGAGGACAAGCUCAUCCGGCAGCAGAUCGACUACAAGACCCUGAUCCUGAACUGCGUCAACCCUGACAACGAGAACAGUCCGGAGAUCCCAGUGAAGGUGUUGAACUGUGACACCAUCACGCAGGUCAAAGAGAAGAUUCUCGAUGCCGUCUACAAGAACGUGCCCUACUCCCAGCGGCCGAGGGCUGUUGACAUGGACUUGGAGUGGCGUCAAGGCCGGAUUGCCCGGGUCGUGCUGCAGGACGAGGACAUCACCACCAAGAUCGAGGGUGACUGGAAGCGGCUCAACACGCUGAUGCACUAUCAGGUAUCAGACAGAUCGGUGGUGGCUCUGGUCCCCAAACAGACCUCCUCCUACAACAUCCCUGCCUCUGCCAGCAUCUCCCGGACGUCCAUCAGCAGAUACGACUCCUCCUUCAGGUACACAGGCAGUCCCGACAGCCUGCGGUCUCGGGCCCCCAUGAUCACCCCAGACCUGGAGAGUGGGGUCAAGGUGUGGCAUCUGGUGAAGAACCACGACCAUGGGGACCAGAAGGAGGGUGACCGGGGCAGCAAAAUGGUGUCCGAGAUCUACCUGACCCGGCUAUUGGCCACCAAGGGCACGCUGCAGAAGUUUGUGGAUGACUUGUUUGAGACCUUGUUCAGCACCGUGCACCGGGGCAGUGCUCUCCCCCUGGCCAUCAAGUACAUGUUCGAUUUCCUGGAUGAGCAGGCGGACAGACACAGCAUCCACGACACAGAUGUGCGGCACACCUGGAAGAGCAACUGCCUCCCUCUGCGCUUCUGGGUGAACGUGAUCAAGAACCCCCAGUUUGUCUUUGACAUCCACAAGGGCAGCAUCACGGACGCCUGCCUCUCUGUGGUGGCCCAGACCUUCAUGGACUCUUGCUCAACAUCAGAGCACCGGCUGGGCAAGGACUCCCCUUCCAACAAGCUGCUCUAUGCCAAGGACAUCCCCAGCUACAAGAGCUGGGUGGAAAGAUACUACGCAGACAUCGCCAAGCUCCCCGCCAUCAGUGACCAGGACAUGAACGCCUACCUCGCCGAGCAAUCCCGCCUGCACGCCGUGGAGUUCAACAUGCUGAGCGCCCUCAAUGAGAUCUACUCCUACGUCAGCAAGUACAGCGAAGAGCUCAUUGGGGCACUCCAGCAGGAUGAGCAGGCCCGGCGACAGCGGCUGGCAUACAAGGUGGAACAGCUCAUAAACGCCAUGUCCAUUGAGAGCUGAGCGAUGGAGUCUCUUGUUCCUGGGAAGAGGGACCCGUGAAAGCUGUCACACUGGGCAUCUCAGAAGGAAGGACAAGUGAAGGGGAUCAGGCCCCAGCGCUUGCUGUCCCCUGAGACCCCCUCCCGGGGAGAGGGGAGGACCCCUCUCCCCACGCCAGCCAAGUUCCGUCACAGCCUGUUCCUGCAGGGAGAGACCGGGGGUGUCAUCCGCCCCAUCUCCCCGCGGCGAGGACGAGAGGGACGCCAGGACCCAGAGGAGAUGGCACUUCAAGCUGAGAGGCACGACUGAGCGCGGCUCUGCCUCUGUGACUGCUGCUUUGCAUGAAAACUCGUUCAGUGUAUAUUGGGGAAAUAAUGAGAACUUUAUUUAAUUUUUUUUAAGAAAAAGGAAAACCAGAAAUAAAACAAAACAAAAAGCUUCCCUGUU